AUGGAUGUAACAGAAGAACAGUUAUAUUUAUUUAAAGAAGAGUCUGAUUAUAGACCACUUCUCCAAUGCAACAACCAAGACAGCAAUGUUCAAAUACGUCUAAGUUUAAAUCCAGGUGAUUAUCGGACCUCCCGCAAUAUUACUCUCGUAUUUAAAUUAAAGAUGGAGAGGAAUGGGAUGGACAGAGAAAAAGAAUAUGAGAUAGAGACAGAAAGAGGACAUGGAAGGGCGCAAAAGGGAAAGAAUGAAGAAAAGCAGCAGUUUUUUACUUGGAAUGUGAAAGGGAAGGUUUCGCACAAAACGAGACAGGAAAAAAGACAUGAGGCCAGUAUCUAUAAGGCACUAAAUAGAGCCACAAAAGAUCUCGAGAAAGUCUCGGCAAAUAUCCCACCAUGGAUCAGAUCUGAAGAAUAUAAUAUUGUAUGGAUCGAGAAAGUCCUACAGAGAGGAAAGACGGCUCGAUUCUACAAACCACACAGAAAGACAGAGAAAGAGGAAGAAGGAAGGAAGGAAGGAAGGAAGGAAGGAAGGAAGGAAGGAAGGGAGGAAGGAAGGAAGGAAAGAAAGAAGGAAGAGAAGGGAGUGAAGCGCAAAAGUGACAAAAGUUAUCGAUAUAAAACGAAAAUUCAAAUAAAGAAAAUGAAUGGAGAAGAAACUGAUGACACUCAUCCUAAACGUACCAUUUAG